AUGACUCGAAUCUUGGAUGAGAUUAAACCACUUCUCCGACGAGAACCCGGAAAGUUGGAGUUAUUCAAGAGAUAUUCAGCCAUGUCAUCAGAAGAGUCGCCGACGAUUGGCGAUAUCGCGGCGAGUCGCCAUCAAAUGGGACUAUGGUCAUGUAUGAGUUAUGUUAUCGCAAAUAUCGUGGGUGCUGGAAUCUUUAUCACACCGGGACCAAUUCUACAGUAUACCUUUUCGAAUGGAUUGGCAUUAGUCGUAUGGAUUGGAUGUGGUUUGAUCUCAUUGAUUGGUGGAAUUUGUUAUAUCGAAUUGGGAACGUCCAUUCAUGAUCCCGGAUGCGAUUUCGCUUAUAAUGUGUACGUCGGUUGGGAAGGCAUCGCGUUCUCGUUCAUGUGGGUCGGUGUCAUUAUGUCAUUUCCGGCGUCGGCGGCAGUUCAGGCGCAAACUUUUGGACAGUAUAUUGUAGCCGGUUUGGAUCCAGUAUGGCAUCUGGAAGCUCCAUGGGAUGAAGUAUUCGAGAGAGGACUCGGAUUCGUGUUGAUUAUCGUUCUGACCGUUCUCAACCUCUACGCCAUCGACAAAUACGCAUCGAAAUUCCAAAUAGUCGUCACUGUCGCCAAGUUGCUCUCGCUGGCUGUCAUUAUUUGCACCGGAUUCUAUUUUUUGAUUUUUAAAGGACAAACCCAAAAUCUGGAGCACCCAUUCCGUGGCUCCAACACGAAUCCCGGUCAAAUCUCGCUCGCAUUCUACGGAGCACUAUGGAGUUUCGCCGGAUGGGAUAUUCUGAAUUACGGUACACCGGAAAUUCAUAAACCCAGACGCACAAUGCCUAUCGCCUUGUUGGGAGGAGUGACGAUCGUCACAGCCAUCUACGUUGCCAUGAAUAUCUCGUAUAUGACAGUGCUGACACCCGGACAAAUUAUGAAUAGCACGGCGGUCGCAGCGGACUUUGCACAAUUGACACUCGGAAAUUUCAGCUAUGCAAUUCCAUUCAUGAUUGCAUUAUUGUUGAUUGGAACACUCAAUAGUAACAUCUUUUGUGGAUCCAGAUUCACACACGCGGCCGCCCGUGAAGGACACCUCCCAACAUUCCUCUCGUGUAUCAACGAAGAAUCGAAUAGUCCCCGUGCGGCGCUUCUUUUCCAAUUAAUUUGUACUAUAGCCGUCACAUUUGUCGACACGAAUAGUCUCAUCAACUACGUGGCAUUCGUCAUGUUCGGCCAACGUGUCUUCACAAUGACCGCCCUCAUGUGGAUCCGAUAUCGAAAGAUUCCAGUCCAUCCGGACGCUAUUCAAGUGCCAAUCGUAUUCUCGAUGCUCUUUUGGAUCAUUACUAUCGCCUUGGUGGUGGUACCGUUUAUAGAGGAGACUACGCACACAAUCGUCGGCGUCGCAUUGGUUCUUAUGGGACUCGGACUCUAUGCGAUAUUUAUGAAGCCUAAGAAGCUUCCUGACUUUUUGAUGAGAUUUAAUGACGGGAUGACACGUGUCACUUGUAAAGUGCUCUUCACCACACCCGACUUGAAGCAUCACUCGAGCUCCGAACUCUCGGAGGAAUCCGAGAAAAUCGACGGUGAGCUUAUCCGCGGCGAUACCGUAUCAUCACGUUUCAAUAACGAAUCGAUUCUGAAUCACGACGAGCGUACCGCCCUCCCGACGACGUCAUCCGAUGAGACGUCGCAUCUGUAA